GGAAGCUCGAACUCCUUUCUUCUUCGAAUGUUCCACUUUCUAGAAAGCUGCUAGUAAAAUAAUCAGGAACAGAAACAGUAUCGGUUGCGUUGUGAAAUUGGCCGUCGUUCUCUUUGUUUAACUAUCGUUUAUUGUUACAUUGAACCAGCUUUAUUUCUUUCAAUCAUUACUCUUUGUUCAAUAUGCUUGGUAAGGAAACUUCAACCAGAGCAUGAACCUCUCUCAGACUCUCUUGUCUAGAUUGACAACAAUUACUUCAAUAGCAGUGAGUUCAACAUCGAGGAUCAAACCUUCAAACAUCCUGAAGUCCAAUCAACUUCUUGAUAUCCUAACAAAUUUGACGCAUUUGACUCUCAUCCCACCCACUACAAAAUGACAUCCCGCUCCUCUCCCGCUCCCAAUACCAAAUCCGACACCCAAUGGCUGCACGAUCUCGGCUACCCCACCGGUUUCCAAUCCUUCAAACUCGACUACGGCUUCUCGCUCGACGACGCACAGGAUCAUCUCGACGCUCUAACUCUCUUCCAUCAAUUCCGCACCGAACAGCAAGAAAUGUGGGAAAAGAGACAUCCCUCACAUACACUCUCACACUCAUACUCAUACUCACAUUCGCAUUCGCAUUCACAAUCCACAAAAACAGAAACAGAAACCGAUACAAAGACUGAAACCAAAACCGAUGUAAAAACUAACGCAAAAUCAAAAUCGUCAUCAAAACUAGUCCUCAGAGAUUCACACACACAUACAAGAACAAACGUGUCCGUUUAUGCCUUUGGCGAAUCUACCGAUGAAGCAGAGGAGUAACGUAACGUAUGAAGAUAUAUAUGGGAGUAGAGAAAUAAUAGGGCUGAGAAGCGAUCGGGAAGGGAAAAGGAAAUUCCACUACGCUCUUUUCUCUUCGCUCUGCGCGUUGAACACUUUCGUCGAUGGAAAUCGAGAUGUUUUUUUAACUUUUUAGCUUUUUAGCUUUUUAACUUUUUAACUUUUUAACUUUUUAACUUUUUAACUUUUUA